AUGGAGCCAACUUUGGAGUACCAAGACGAUUUUCAAGAAGAAGCUGAGGAUUAUGAAUCCCAAACCCAGCAAGAGACGCAGUCAACUCAAGAAGCCUCUCAGAAUACGAUCCCUGACAUCGACACGGAAAGUUUAUGGGGUUACCUCCAGCCGUGCAGCGCAGAUCUUUUUCGACUUGAAUUUAACCACCUUCAGAAGACCUAUACGAUUGGAAGGAACGAUAAGAAUCUGUAUGUGCUUCCUGGCGUCAAAGUUAGCAACGAACACUGCAAAAUUUCGUGGCUGGAUAAUAGCGUCGUAAUAGAGGAUCUUUCUAGCAACGGGACCUUUAUCAACGGCCACAAGAUUGGGAGGGGUAAUAAAAGGGUGCUAGUAGACGGAAAUGAGGUUGCUUUUGGAACCCCAGUGGCACAACCCCUGACCAGCCAUGAGGAUUAUCGAUACAUCUAUCGGCACACAGCCGACCUUCACACCGGCGGUCUCUAUGCAGAGUAUGAUCUGAGCCACGAACUGGGUAGAGGUGCAUUCGCGACGGUCGUGAAAGGAAUGUCGCGUGCCACCGGUGAAUGGGUGGCUGUCAAAAUGAUCCACGCGAACAAGAAUCAGAAUGAGAUUGAACGGGCCACCCAAAAUGCCAUGUUUGCCAGGGAAAUCAAUAUCAUGCAGACUCUCAAGCACCCAAAUAUCUGCGAAAUGAAGAAUGUCUUCUUUCAGACUAACGGCGACAUCAUUUUGGAGCUCGUUGAGGGUGGAGACUUGCUCGAGUACAUUCUGGAACGCGAAGGUGUUGCCGAGCCUGAAGCUAAACAUAUCACGUAUCAGCUUUGCGAUGCGUUAUCGUAUAUUCAUUCCAAGGGUAUUUUACAUAGAGACCUCAAGCCCGAGAACAUACUUCUCACGCGGGACAACCCACCCCAAGUCAAAGUGGCAGAUUUUGGCCUCGCCAAGCUCGUCAAUAAUCUGACCAUUGCGAAAACGAUGUGUGGUACACCUAGCUACCUAGCGCCGGAGGUCGUUCUUCAAGUUAACCAGGAAGGUUACGAUAAUCUUGUUGACAGCUGGAGCGUUGGAACCAUCGUCUUUGCGAUGUUGACCAACGUCGCGCCUUUUAACGAAGAUAGGACUCAACAAGAUAUCCGAAUUAGAAUCGCCAAUCGUACGAUUGAAUGGAGUGCUCUGGAAGAACGUGACCUUUCUUUUAAUGCGAAAGACUUCGUUUUCGCUUUGAUGCAAACAGAUCCACGGCGCCGAAUGACCAUGACAAAUUCCCUUCAUCACGAUUGGCUGCGAAGCUACGUCCAACCUUACUGA